UCUACACUUAUCGGAGAAAAACGAACUUCCUGUAUCACUUUGGCUUAUUUCAUGACGGUACCCGAGGAAGUGUAGUGACGCCCGGUGUCUAUUUCACAAAGCAUUGGUAUACUUUGACUUGCUACAUGGGAUUUUAAAGCUCAUUUUGACUCCAAAUGUUCCCAUUAGCAAAAACGUAUGUGAUGGACUUCGUACGCAGGAUAUUCGCAAACCUUGUCUACUUGUACGGAAUCUUAACAGUUGUUUAUGUCACAGCUGAAAAAUGUGAGAAUGUCAGAACAGAGACUUUUAGUAAUAAAUACCUUGAAGGUUCCGGCUAUAAAUCUGUUUCUCCAUAUGGCUACCAACAAUGUGUUAUGAUGUGUAUGGUAGCACGGGAGUGCCAGAGUAUCAACUAUGACCUGACUCGUCUUGACUGCGAACUCAACACCGAGACUACCCAGGUCGAAAGUUCUCUGACCGACAAAGAUGGUUACAUAUUUAAAGAUAUGAAUGCCACCGCAUUUCCGACACCGCCGACGGGGAACUGUCAGAAAACAACCUGUCCGGAAUACCAUACAUGCGCGGAUUUGACCAAUGGAAACACUAUGUGCACAGCGCCAGUGUCCGAUGUACCAACGACGACAACAACCACUACGUCUACAACAACGACAACGAUCCCUACUACUACAACAACGACGACAACGAUCCCUACUACUACAACAACGACGACGACUACACCUACUACAACAACAACUGCAGGUGCCCUAACCUGUGUUGCCCCGUACACAACCAAUGCCUUGUCUGGGCUGUGCCUCUACCGCGGUGACGGGUACACCUGGACCACUGCGAUCAAUGGCUGCCCUUACCCUGGCCGGCUCUUUGUGGCUGAUACUGGUGACAAACAAGACGCCGCCGCCGCCUUAUGUCCUUCUGCAACAAGCUGCUGGUUAGGUGCAGAAUAUACAAACAAUGAUUUCCAUUGGUCGACUGGAGAAAUCUUUAGUGCCGAUCAAAGAGGAUCCGGAGAUUGCUUGCGAGUGAGAGAUUCCGUAUUCAAGGGAGGCGGCUGCAGCAAUGCUGUUUCGUACAUUUGUGAACAAGUUUAACAAAUAUUUUACGACAUAUUUUCUAGCUUCAUCAUCUGGAGUGACGAGGAUACAAAUUGAUCUGUCUAUAAUUUGCUUGCUCAUAAAUCCAACAUAGUCUCAAUUCGGGGAUUUAUUUCGAAUCGACAUCGAAAUCAUCAACCUACGUCAAUGGUUAACAAUAUUCCGUAGCAUACUGGGAGACAAUCCGUGACAGAUGAUCAUAGUCAUGUAACCUUUAUAUUUAAAUUGCCUGAUAUUCUGUUGUCAAUGGAACAGCUAGCACACAUCAACAUCUCAGCCAUUCCGUCUUAAUUCGGAUUUUGAGUCUUACAGCAUGAGCUACAGAACCAACAACAAAAACUUUAAGUAGGCAGUACCAAAUUACCGUGAUAUAUAUAACGCUUCCUAGGAGGAACAGCCUUUCUGAAGUUAAACUUAUUUUGCUGAAGACUGAUAACCCAAUAACUCGAAUCUCUAAAAAAUGGUAUCAAGCAUUCUCGAUUCUCGGGGACUAGGUUCACUUUCGCUCUUGAAACACUUGCAGUGUUAUGGCAAAGUUGACGGUACACGACCCUCAAUGUGGUUUUGUGAAAACCUGACCAAUUGCUAAUUCUGAUGAAAAUCGCGGGGUGAGAACCACGUUCAAAGUCAGUAAAUCUCACGCUAGGGUGACGUCGAAAUUUGGCUUUGAAGGUGGCGCGUCAGAGCUUUGAUUUUGACAUCUCGUACAUAUUCCAUUGGUGCAUGACGGGUGUGGCGAGCGAACUAGAAAUUAACCAAAGGUGUACAGUAUCGAGAAAUAAGGGAGUUUGAUAUGUAAUCAUAUGUACACAUAAACAAUCGUAAACCUUCUCUGUAUGAUUAUAAAGUAAAAUACACAACAAGUCAUUCAUAUCCGAUGUUGCUGCGCCUUCUUCACGAUAUACGGGAAGUAGCUCUAUAACAGAGGAACCACUAUUUUGUGGUUUCAAUCGAUCAUUUCAAUGAUUCUAUAAUGUUAGAUAAUUAAUGUGAUGGAACUGUUGAAAGAGAAAAUCUUAAGUUUAUUCAAAUUACAUUAGUAAGAGGCCUAUAGAAUCGCAACAAAUAGAGCUAAGUAGGGUGGUCGGGUGGCACAGUGGUAACAGACCUGCCUUUCACCUUGGCGGUCGGGGUUCGAUUCCCCGAUCGGACAUGAAAAGAACUCCUGCCCGACCAUGUGGGUUUUCCCCAGGUACUCCGGUUUCCACCCACAGUAAAACCACUCGUGCGGUUCCAUCAAGGCCAACAAGCGUGAUUAAUAUAAGUUGAUAUAACUUGUUUCGCAAUUGUUGUAAAAUAAAUAAAGUUUAUAAUAGAACUAAGUAGACAACUGGCGACAUGUUUCUCAAGGGAUUCACAUGCAGGUCUGAAGUAUCGAAUAUAUUGGAACAUUUUCAUAAUCCCUUAUUGUAUAGACGAAUAAGCACCGAUAUGAAAAUAGUACUUUUUUUCUGGUAGAUUAAGUCAGGUAACAGAGAAAGGUGAAAUGCAAAACAUCUUAUCAGUAGGAAUGUGACUCAAAAGCAGAUUUUACCAAUGCUUUGACGUAUUAUUAUCAAUAUCGUAAAUUAGCACAGAACCUCAAAAUAAAUAAAUGUAUGGUGUAUUUGC